CACAACCAUUCGCCACCUCCAAACCGAUUCGAUCGCCACAAUAUCUAGUAACCUGCGAGGGAAGCUCAACCAUCUGAUAUCUCCCUGUUUCUGGGACACUUUCAGCAAAAAGAUGGCAGGUCGGAUGUGCUUCUUGCAGCUGUUCACGGUGGUUCUCGCCUUCUGCUUCAUGCCCGCAAAGUCCGGCUACUGGCUCCCGGCCCAUGCCACGUUCUACGGCGGCGCCGACGGGUCGGACACUAUGGGUGGCGCAUGCGGAUAUGAGAACCUGUACAACGCGGGGUACGGGAUCAACAACGCGGCGCUGAGCACGGCGCUCUUCAAUAACGGCUUGUCAUGCGGGCAGUGCUACCUCAUCACAUGUGACACCAGCAAGUCCAACAUGUGCAAGCCUGGCACUUCCAUCACCGUCUCCGCCACUAACUUCUGCCCUCCCAACUGGGCUCUCUCCAGCGACAACGGGGGAUGGUGCAACCCUCCCCGUGUCCACUUCGACAUGUCCCAACCCGCCUGGGAGAACCUUGCCAUCUACCGCGCCGGCAUCGUCCCCGUCCUCUACCAGCAGGUCGCGUGUCAGAGGCAGGGCGGCCUGCGCUUUACCAUCAACGGCUUCAACUACUUCGAGCUGGUUCUGGUGACCAACAUCGCCAUGAGCGGGUCAAUCAAGAGCAUGUCGGUGAAGGGAACCAACACGGCUUGGAUCCCCAUGUCACAGAACUGGGGCGCUAACUGGCAGUGCCUAGCAGGGCUGAAAGGACAAGGGCUCAGCUUCGCCAUCACCUCCUCCGGCGGCCAGUACAAGGUCUUCCAAGAUGUCGUGCCCGCCUGGUGGCUGUUUGGACAGACGUUCAGCACCUGGCAACAGUUCGACUACUAGCUAGUAUAACAUUGUACAGUAUAAUUUCUAUUACCAUUAUCGAUUCGCUUAUUGGACAUUUCCAUAUGAAAUAUCUGGGGCUGCCGGUCAGCUAUACCAAUCUCAGAAAUAUGGAUUGGUCCUAUGUGGAUGAGAAGUUCCUUAAAAGUUGUGAGACCUGGAUAGGCAAUGCGGCAUCCUCGGGGGGUAGGUUGAUAUUGAUGAA